AUGUCGGACCUCGUCGGUCUACCGCCAAAAGGCACCGACCUCACAGCCAACAAUGAAUCCAAAAAUGACGCCAUCGUCGCGACAAUGUACACUUUGGCUUGCAUCACAAUCAGUGUCCGGUUGUUCUCUCGGAUAAAGGUGCAGCAGGCUCGCAUAGGCUUGGAUGAUUGGCUGAUCGUCGCAGCGCUGCUCUCUGGAACGGCGAAUAUGAUUAGUGCUGUAGUGGGGGGAAAAUACGGCGUCGGCAAGCACAUCUGGGUAGUAAACAUGGACGAUAUCGUCGCCAUGGUGAAGGUUCUGUUCGCCAAUGUCCUCCUAUACGUGACCACUGUCACGCUCAUCAAACUCUCGAUUAUCCUGUCCUACCGGCGCAUCUUCGGCAUGAGGUGGACCAUGUGGGCUUGUAUAGUCCUAGCUCUGAGUUACUGGGUCGGCUGCACCAUUGCGUUCCUGGCGGCCUGUCAACCUGUCUCUUACUACUGGACCAAAUACCUGGACCCGGAAGGGGGCAGAGAGAGAUACAAUCUAUACGCAUUCUACAUUGGUCACGCAGUCGCAAACAUGGUCGGUGAUAUAGUCAUCUUGCUGGUGCCUGUUCCUCUGGUCUGGAGACUUCAGCUGCGGCGAUCGCAGAAGAUCCAGAUCUUAAGUAUCUUCCUCCUAGGCGGAUUCGUCUGUGUGGCGAGUGCGAUCCGGAUCUACUACUUCACAUUCGUCAACAGCGUCGAUGUGACCUGGAUUCUGGGCGAUGUCUUCAUCUGGUCGAGCAUUGAGCCCUCCAUCGGCAUUUUCUGCGCUUGUCUUCCCGUUCUACAACCACUCUUCCGAACCAUCCUUAAUCGCAUGCUGGGCACACCUGCUCCCGUCAAGCCCAAGCCCCGCAGCACUGGUCCACCUAAAGCCGUCCGGUACGCGCCCAACAUCCUCAGCAAGAUCCAAGGUGGAGAUGAGAGGAUCGCUCGUCGCGACGAGGAAGCCAUGCUAACGACGACAUCGGCGCAUCUUGAGCUCGACAGUAUAGGGAAAGGCCGCCAUAGCGAUGAGGAGGCCGGCCCUAUGGAUCUUCUGUCUAUCACGAUACAGAAGGAGUUUCAUGUCCGGGAAGAGCAUCGAUAA